UUUCAUGCCCACCCCGUCACAGAGAUCUCCACAAAUUAGCUGAAUUGUGAUUGACUCUGUGUCUUCUAAGUCAGCUAAAAUGUAAUAUAAAGUCGGUCCGAUGCAUACUGCUGCAAAUAAAUAGCGGUGAAGGACUCCCUGCAGUCACAUCGCUUAAGGCGAACUAGAUAUGUUCGAAUUCAUGGCGGUCUCUCUUGUUUCCAAGCUAUCCAAAUCGUCAAUCGCCACGGGUUGUUUGAAGCGAAUGAAGCUCCCAAGGUUUCAUCAAAAAUCCAAACCUCUAACGGUGAGUUCUAAGCUCAAUUCCACAUCUCUCCACACAUCCGACAAGGAGAUAUGGGACGGAAAAAAGUAUGUUGAAGUUUUCCGGCGCUUCGACAUUGACGGAGAUGGUAAAAUAUCGUGUGAUGAGUUGAGUGCCUAUUUUGCCCUCUUGGGCGAGCCGUUGAUGUCCGAUCAGGCUCGUAGGGUGGUUGCCGAGUUUGACUCGGAUGGCGACUAUUCGCUGGAAUUGAAAGAUUUCAUCCGAUUGGUGGAACGGGACAAUGCUGAGGUCGGCGAUGAUAUCAGGAGGGCAUUUGAGAUGUACGCGCUGGACAAGGGCCAAGGCUGCAUAACACCUGAAAGCCUGCAGAGGACGCUUAGAUCGCUUGGAGUUGGGAGAUCGUUCGAGGAGUGCAUCGGUAUGAUAAGGGCAUUCGAUCUCGAUGGGAAUGGAGUUCUUGAUCUCCAUGAGUUUCAGCUCAUGAUGUCUUGAAAGCCUCUUACCUCUACAUAUCUAAAGGGAUGUGUGUUUGGUUUUAGAGUUAAGUAGAAUUGAGUUUUGAUUUUAAUUGGAUCGUAAUGAUUGUGUUGUUGAAUUAUGAGAAAAAGUAAUGAAUAGUUGAGAGAAA